AAUAACUGAACGAAAAAUGAAUCUAAUGGUCUUUAAUUUGCCUGAAUGCAGAAGCCAGGAUGCGGAAACAAGGAUUCAAAGUGAUAGUACUCAUGUUCAUGAUAUUUUGGAAGGUAAUUCGCCUGGAUAUGAAAGGGCUAUACUACCCAAUGUUUCACUAUUCCUAGCACCAUUGGAUGUAUGAUUAAAUUUAAUAAUUAUAUAAUUGUAUAAUUUGAUCGCAUUGUAAAUACGAG